CUCAACUGAAAAAUCGACACAUUUCGGAAUCAUCAAUCAAGUAUACCUCUUAACUCAACCAAACGCGCAGAUCAGUCAUUGGACCUCACGUUUAUUCCAAUAAAUACCUAAAAUGGCUAGGAAGAAGAAUGAUAACCAAUACUAUGUUGUUAUUCGAGGAAGAGAAAUAAACAUCCCAACCAUCUUCCCAUCGUGGAGCCACGUCCAACCCUUAAUAACCGGGUUCAAAAAUAAUAUCCACAAAGCAUUCGUGCGUGAAGAAGAAGCAAUUUCAUGGCUCAACGAGAAGGAAUGUUACAUAUUCGAGUAUCAUCCCGAUAUGCAGAAACCCAACACAAAAACGCUGCCUGAUUCGGCGGCUCCUUGCUACGGUGUCGCCCAUGGUCAACCCGCUGGCAUCUACCACACCUACGCGGAGGUUAAAAACGAGGCCGAUUACGUCCCCCAUGCAUGUCACCAGAAGUUUAACAGUCGUGAGAAAGCCGAAGAAGCUGGCAAGGUUUGGCGCGAGACUGCCGCCCGCGUGCAUUACGACCCUCCGACAAGCAAACCUCGCUGUCGACAAGCAAGUACUGGCGGCCUCGCGAACCAAGACGCAGUGUCCGACCUGGCGGCCCUGAUGAAAGAGAGCCAUCUCAGUGGUGGUUUGGAAAUAAAGAACGAGGUGGGACUUGAAUCGGCUUAAAUCUUAAGAUAUUUAAACAACCUGAUAAAACUUGAAUUAUUUCAUAUGUUCUUCAAUCAGGCUGAGCGAGGAGUUCGGUACUGUUGCGACUGUUGCCUGCAUACCCAUUUGGCUCGUCUCUUUGCCUUUGCCAG